AUGUCCUCUGAAUUCCCGACCGACCCUUAUUCGUCAGCGCAACAAAAAUGGUUAUACCAAGAUCAUUUGGUGCUUCCCACUCUGGAAUUUUUGCUCAAAGACGAAUUGAGAGAUAAGAAAGUGUUAGAUAUUGGAUGUGGAAACGGACACAACGCCCACUCAUUCCUCCAAUGGGGUGCACGGAAAGUGAUUGGAUUUGACUAUUCCCAAGAGAUGAUUGAGAACUGCAAAACCCUGCACAAGGAAUCUGAAAACUUGGAAUUCCAUCACAAAAGUGUCACUGACUUCAAAUUCAAUGAGAAGUUCCACGUGGCAACUGCUGUUUUUGUGUUGCAAUACGUUCAUGAUAAGCAGGAACUUCAGAAAGCGAUUCGUUUGAUUUGGGAACAUUUGGAGGACGAUGGAUUGUUUGUUGGAUUGAUUCCAAAUGGAGUUGAAGGAGUUGUUGCUCCAAAAAAUGCAGGAAAAGUGCUCGGAGCAGAGAUUGAGAAACGACAAGUUCCAUUUGUCGAUGGUGGAUUGGUGACUGCAAAUUUUUAUGAAGGAGAUAAAGUCAAAUGCACCUCCACGAUGGCUCUCCAUUCCAAUGAAUUCUAUGAAAAAUGCUUCAAAGCUGCCGGAUUCUCGAAAUUCGAAUGGUUUGCCCCAAAGAUAAGCGAAAAAGGAAGCAAAGUUCUCGGAGAAGAAUUCUUGAAUCAGUUUAUGAAUCCACCGUGUGAUAUUGUUUUUAGAGUUUGGAAAUAA